AAUCUUAUUCUAAAAAAAAAACCCUCUAAAGUCGGAAUCAAUGUAUGAUGGAGACACGUUACUGUUUUUUACUGUUUUUUUUUUCUGAGUGGAUAUAUCUAUUCUUAUUAACUACUAUCUUGGGCGGAACAAAGGCGGAGGUAAGGUGUAUUCCCCGGUGCCAGCUGCCGCUUGUUGCGGCAAUGCCAGGGGAAAGAAGGGGUCUGGAUCAGACCUAUUUUGACGCAGCUCCCGGUGAAGAAUAUUACGGCUUUGGUGAGGAGUCGUUCAGCGCCAGUGGAGACGAAAAGGAAGUCGCCGCUGAAUUAACAGUGAGCGCAGAAAGUUCAUUCAAAGUACAGCCGCGGCCAGAGGAGAAUGAGACAAGUGGUCUGCAGAGAGACGGCGACCGUCAAAAACUUUCCCACCCUUCUCUGAGUCCUUCUGGUCCCAAUAACGCAAGUGAAGAGAGAGAUAUUAUAUUAAACUUGACUGCGUUUGGUCGGAGAGGACGCAGGAGCGCAGAAACCUGGUCUGGAUUCAGAAGCCAGGGUAUAGAGGACACCUCGGUGUCAGACCAAGGGGACUUUCAGCUCACAAGUUCAACAUUUGCACUGGCCGGGGACACAGCUCACAACCAGGCGAUGGUGCACUGGUCCGGACAAAACAGCAGCGUGAUUCUCAUGUUAACAAAGUUCUAUGACUUCAACGCUGGCAGAGUAACGGAGAGUUCACUGUGGAGGUCAACUGAUUAUGGGACCACGUAUGAAAAACUUAAUGAGAAAGUCGGGACCAAGAGCAUAUUGAGCUACCUGUAUGUGAGUCCAAACAACAAAAGAAAGAUCAUGUUACUAACUGACCCAGAGGUUGAGAGCAGUCUGCUCAUUAGCCUUGACGAGGGGGCGUCCUAUCAGAAAUACAGCUUAGGCUUUGAUAUCCUCAGCCUGCUAUUCCACCCAGAGCAAGAGGACUGGAUCCUGGCUUACAGCCAUGACCAAAAGCUCUACGUCUCUGUUGAGUUUGGAAGGAAAUGGCAGCUUGUUCACAACAACGUUGUUCCCAACAGAUUCUAUUGGUCCAGGCUGGGUUUGGACAAAGACCAAGGGAUGAUUCACCUUGAGAUCACUGUCGCAGUUGGACGGUCACAGUACAUAACUUGCAAACUUCAGAACUGCUCCGAUGGAAACAAGGGCAAGCCUUUCCCAGGAUUUAUAAUCCCAAACUCCCUGGUGGUGCAGGAUGAGUACGUUUUCAUCCAGGUAUCAGUCAGUGGCCAGGCUGUCCAUUAUGUGUCAUAUAAAAGAAAAGCAUUUUACCCAAUGAAGCUUCCUAAAUACACGGUCCCUAAGGACCUGCAGAUAAUCAGCACGGACGAAAACCAGGUGCUGGCAGCUAUUCAGGACUGGCACCAGAAUGAUUCGUACAACCUCUACAUGUCUGACUACAGAGGGCUGUUCUUCACACUAAUGCUGGAGGAUGUUGUGAGCACCGGUGGUCCAGAGGACAAUGUCAUGAUUGAUCUCUAUGAGGUUGCUGGGAUUAAAGGAGUGUUCCUGUCAAACAAAGUUGUUGAGAACCAAGUAAAAACUUAUAUCACAUACAACAAGGGCAGAGACUGGCGUCUUCUUCAGGCUCCAACCACUGAUCUCCAGGGAAACAAGGUCUAUUGUGAGCAACCGUACUGCUCAUUGCAUCUGCACCUUCAUGUCUCAGAGAACCCUUACGCCUCAGGAAACAUUGUCAGCAAAGACACAGCUCCAGGAGUUAUAAUAGCAUCAGGUGUCCUAGGCCCAGAGUUAAGCAAUGCAAAUGUCAGUAUCUUCAUCACCUCUGAUGCUGGGAAUACCUGGAGAGAGGUUUUUCAGGAAGCGUACAGCGUGUUUUUCCUGAAUCAAGGAGGAUCUCUAGUGGCCAUCCGACACACACCUCUGCCAAUUAGACACAUUUGGCUGAGUUUUGAUGAGGGCAGAAACUGGGACAAAUAUAGCUUCACCUCCUCGCCGCUCUAUGUUGAUGGGGUGCUAGGGGAGCCUGGAGAGGACAUCCUCAUAAUGACGAUAUUUGGUCAUUUUAGCCACCGAUCUGAAUGGCAACUUCUCAAGAUUGACUUCCGACCUAUAUUUGAAAGACGAUGUACAUCUGUAGACUACAUCACAUGGCAGUUAGACAAUGAGGGUGAAGUAUGCAUCAUGGGCAUGAAUGACUAUGGGUUUGAGAGGCAACUCGAUGGGAGCUGCACCUCAGCUUUCUGGUUUGUUCCUUCAGCAUCAACCCAAGACUGCAUUACAGGGGACAGCUUUUUCAACACAACAGGAUAUCGUAAGGCUUUGUCAAACAACUGCACAGAUGGAAGUCUGUUAAAGUACAGCCCCAGGCAACAAAAGUGUCCCAGCCGGGCUCCCAGGGGUCUCCAGCUCUUUACCAGCGAGGGGACAUUUGUUGCAACACUGGGCAGGAACGUCACCUUCUUGGUCUUUCUGGAAGAGGGUCUUGGCUCCAUGACGAGUAUAACUGUGGACUUCGGUGAUGGAACUGCCAUAUCUUACGUUAACAUCAGUUCCAUUGAUGAUGGGGUCAAACACAUCUACAAUAAAGUUGGAAUCUAUCAAGUUUCAGCAACAGCAGUCAACAAUCUUGGCUUUGAUAAGGUCCUCCUUUACCUCCAUGUAUCCUGUCAGCUCGAGCAGGUGCAGCUUUCAGCUCCUUUGGUGGUCAUCAAGAACAAAGCAGUGAAUUUCACAGCAACACUUCGCCCCAGUAGUGUGGGAACAGUCACGUAUUUCUGGUGGUUUGAUAAUAAGACAGAGCCAUUUGUGACCCUUGAUGCAGCAAUGUCCUUUACCUUCUCCAAGGAAGGAAGUCACACCGUUACUGUACAGGCUGUGGCUGGAAAUACUGUCCAUCAGGACCGAAUCAGAGUGGCAGUUUAUGAUUAUUUCAGAUCUCAUCCUUUGGUUUUUUCCUCUAAUCUGGACGAGCUUAAUCCUGGAGUUUCCGAAUGGAGAGAAGACAUUGGCAGAGUUGUGAAGACCUGCCUUGUUCAGGUCACAGGGAUCAGUGAGGAUCAGAUCCUGGUCACAGUGCUUGCAGGUUUGCCAACUACAGCCGAGGUUUUCAUUGUACCAGAGAGGAGGACAAGAGACAGAGCCAUGGACGAAAAGUGGGCACACCUGGAUCAGCUUUCACAAGUUCUGCUGAGCGCUCUUAACCAGGAUCUUAUCAAGUUUACAUUGAAACCUGGACUACAGGUGAAUGUGUAUGCCACCCGGCUGUCUCCAGCUCCUCUUGUGGAUGGCAGUGACAGCGGGCACAGCGGCACUGCAGUCAUCAUGCUGGUCUCAGUGGUGCUGAUGGCUUUGGCAAUCUUUGUGAUAUAUAAAUUGAAAAGAAAGAUCCCAGGCAUGCACACUUACAGCACAGAGCAGCCUGACAAAGAACAAGAGGUCAUCCCUGCGGUGACCUCCAUAGCUGUCCCAAACCCUGAGGGGGAUGAGCUGACCUCACUGGAUCAUGUGGAUGUACAACUGGAUUCAAAAAGCAGAGGCUACCUGCCAUCUCACACAGACAUCAAGCUCUCUGAUGAAGCGCCCCAUGUGUUUUAAUGUUGGAAGUCUAUGACCGACUCGAAAGCAAUACAUCUUCUUUGGCAGUUACUUCCAGCAAGCUAGGAAGCUGCGGUCACAAUGAAUGGUCUCGAGUCUUUUGCUACCCAUGCAUGGAUGGACCAGUUCACACUGUGCUGCCUAAAUCCCUCCAAGGAGACUGUACAGAUUUUUACUUGCCUCUUGAAAAGGAACAGUUUUUGACUGAAAAAACUUGUAUUUUUGCAAGGACGCUGAUCUUUUUAUGUAAAUAUUGUACAUCCAUAAUGGAAGACGUGAAGGUUAUUUGUCUCAGCCACUUACAGCUGCAUCUGUUGAAAUAUGAAAACAUCAAACAGCAGUAUAUAUAAA